AUGGAAACCGUAGAUGGGUUCAGUCCUAUCAUUGCUAUAUUCUACUCCGUGUUCCAUCCAACUGAGGGGACCAAGGUAAUCCACCAGGUUCCGAGUGGAGUAAUUGUCCCACCUUCGCAUGAUGAUAAUUUAAUAAAUAAUAACUUACCAGACUCAAGCGCCUUCUCUGAACCCCUUUUUGAUUUUGAUACAAUAAAAAAUUAUGUUAUUCCCAAACCGAGUUUAUGCAAUAAACUAAUAACUUUGAAAAUAGAUAAGUAUAGGAUUUCGGGAUUUCCUGUCAAUAUUUAUGCACCACAUUAUGCAAGGAAUUCGUUUGGAUUUAACCUCUGUUUUGUGUUUUCAUAUGACAGUGAUACAACUCCCUAUGAGGGUAAUAUAAAGAGAAUCGGCAAAAUGUUCAGAGCAUUGGAGGAACAGAGCCAAUUGCUUUCAAAGUGUUUGAAAGAUUCUCAUGUUUAUUAUCAACAAUCAAACUCUUCAUCGAAUUUGCAACACUUGAAUCAAAUUGGAAAAUUCAAUAUGAAUAACAAAUAUUUAAAGGUUGUUGAUGAUUGGGAUGACGCAAGCCAACAGAUAGUAUUAGAGAAAGUAAUGCCAGGCCUAGACUCAAACUCACAACUCCAGUUAAAGUCAAUUGAAUCUUUGAUUCAGCAGAUUUAUCAAGAUUUGAAUAAUUAUUCAGAGUGUAUGAUUCCUAUAGAUGCAUCGAAUUCCGUGGACUUAAAGUUGUUUCCUAUUUCGCCACCACCUCCUCACAUACAUUCGUACGAUGUCCCCAUUGCAAUAUUGAAACUAGAUUCCCUGAUUGACUCCUUAUGGGACCCAACUAUGCUCAAGAUUGUCCCCUUCAUUAACGGUAUAAAUUCAGUUUAUAAAAUUUCAGUCCUGUCAAACGCAGAUCUAAAUCUAACUAAGGAGUGUAUCCGACAUUUAUUGCAUUAUAAUGCAAUCACAAUUCUGGAUAUCUUCCAGUUCUCUAAUCAUUAUAUGGUAACCUCUUCAAUAGGGAAUUUUUUGCGUGAUCCAAAUAUGGCUAAAUCUUGCCAAGAUUAUGUCAUGUCAAUAAAUGGGUCAUUUGGCGGAUUACCUCUAGAAACUAAGGGAUUACAUAGAAAUUCAGCAUCUUAUGUUUCGAUAAAUUCCAAAUCUGAAAAUGCCAAUACCAUAUCAGCUUCAUUUUCAUCUACAAAACAACCAAGGAAACCACAACUGCAAACUAUGGAUUCUGUAUCAAGUAAUCCUUUCAAUCAAAAAAAACAACAACCAAGUGUCAUCUCACUUCCUUCUAAAGCUACUCUGUUUCAACUUUAUAAUUCCUUGAACUCCCACGUCAGCGUUAAGCAGUGGUACAAGGACAAUGCGGUAUCACUUGAGUACAUUGAUGUUCGUAAAUUUAUCACUUUUGGGGUUCGAGCAGGGAUUAUUGCAAGAGUACAUAGCUAUCCUGUAUCGGGAAAACUAUCAAGUCUGAAUGUCAGCGAUGCAAUUGAUUUGGAACGAAGAGAGUAUAACAAAAAUGAAUUCAAUGCAUCAGCACUACCAAUUUUGUCAAAACCCAAGGCUGAUUUACUAAAACCUGGACUAAAGAACAUAGAUCCUACUUCAGAAUUUACAGACUGUGAAAGUGAAACAAGCACAGAUGAUGAUGAACAGGAUCAGGAGGAAGGUGAUGUUGGAAGAUUAGAUUCUGAUCAUGACCAAUUCGAAGACGUCUUGGCUGAAAAAAGACGCAGAAAAGAGAUAAAGCAAGAAAAAACAUUACUGAGAUUAAUAAGGCAUAACCAGCAUUUGGAUUCCAUAUGUACAACAAUGGAACUACCGAAUACAGAGGUGUUCAAAAUUCUGGACCGAAUAGGUGAUAUUGAAAUUAUCGAUAGGUAA